GUAGUCUCCUCACUCACAACAUCAACAACAACAGAUAAACCUCCAGCUGAGUAAAUGAGGUCAAUACAGCCAGUGAACGGAUCUUUUAUCAGUCUCUGGCUUCAGUCAAAGUUCAUCAAACUCACAGCUGACCUCCAGAUCAACACAUUUUACACAGGCCUUCAAAUUGCUGCGCCGCAAACGCGCAACUUUGGCGGCGCACAAACGUGACGGAAGUUUGCAGGGAGUGUGGCUCGUUAGGACAUUCUUGUGAGGAUUGAGAGAGGGGGGUUUAUUAAGAUUAGUGUCUUUAUGCGUUUUCACGUGAAAGAGCCUUUAUAAAGCGUGGUUUUGGAGGAGGCUGCGGUUCGACACAUCUCACACACAUCAGGGAAAAUAAGGACUUUUCGUGCAAAGUUUAAUUAGUGCAUUUCAACAUGGCAGCGUAUACAUUACCGGAGGGAUUCACGGAUUUUGACAUGUUUACUUUCGGGACAGCGCUUCUUGUUGGAGGUAAGUGGAGCGUGCACACAGGAGUUCAUGUUUGGAGCAGAUUUAAAGGGACAGUAACCCCAGAAAACCUCUGUUUGCAGAGUGAUACAUGUAUGGGUGUGAUAAUAUCACAAUGCAUCCUUUGUUUUGUUUUGUUGUCCCCUUCACCUCCCAUUCAAGAUAUGUUAAACAUACAUCCAAAGUCAGUCAUAAACUGGAAGUCUCGUUUCAGUCCUGAGCAAAACAAAACACAUUCUGGACCACAAAUCACUUCACAUUCUCUACUGUUCACAGAUUUUACCAUAUUUACACUACUAUGCAGAGGUUUGGGGAAAUACUUACACAUGUACUAUACAAUCACUAUCUAUACAGCAGAAAAAAGCCGUAAGAAUAAUUCAUAAUACCGGUUAUAGAGAUCACACUAAUUCACUUUUCUUAAAACCAAAACAUUAAAAUUCACUGACCUGGUUCACUUUCAAACAGCACAAAUCAUGUACAAAGCAAUAAACAGUCUACUGCCUGGAAAUAUCCAAAAAUUGAGUAUCAUCUGAGGGGGGACUUGAACCUAAAGCAUCAGUGGGCACAUACAACAUUAAAAAGUUUUUGUGUUUCUGUUCAUGGAGUAAGGUUGUGGAACAGAUUAGGUGUGGAGCUCAAGCAAUGUCCAAGUAUGACCCAGUUUAAAAAGCGGUACAAGAACAUCGUUCUCACCAGGUACAGGGAGGAAGAAGGGCAUUAACUACUAUUUAUGUUGUAUUUUUUUGUUAAUAUAAUUUAAUUUUGCUAACGACUGACUGUUAUUAUUGAGUAAAGGAGUAGGGGUAGGUUUAAAAAAAAUUGUAUAAUGAUUCAUCCUACUCCUUUUCGGACAUGUUGGGUUCGGAUUAUUAUUAUUAAUUUUUUAUUUAUUUUAUUUUUAUUUUUUUGCUUUGAUUGUUAUUGUUUUGAAUAUUCUCAAUGGUUAAAAAAAUAAUAAUAAUAAUAAAAAUGAAAAUGAAAAAAAAAAUUAAAUGAAGUCAGCACUCAACUCCUGUUUUUAACUUCUUAUAUAAGUGACAGAGUCAAAUAUUUCUAAUCAUCUUAACUCUCUGAGUGCUUGUAACUAGUAUGUUAAAACUGAAUUAAAAGACUCACUCUCUUUUUUCACUUUCAGGCUUGCUGGGACUCUUCCUCAAUGUGAUCAGCAUCUUGUCGUUCAUCAGAGUGAAGGAGAUGAGGAAUCCCAGUAACUUCUUUGUUUUCAACCUCGCUAUCGCUGACCUCAGUUUGAAUAUAAAUGGACUUGUAGCGGCGUAUGCAAGUUAUCUCAGGUAUCAAGCAGAAGAUGCACUGGUAGUUUGUAGUGCUUUUUUUUUUUUGGUCAUGUUGGGGUUAUUUUUUUUCUGCAAUCGCAAAAUAGGCUUAUGGAGAGUUCAAUAUGAGCCAAUGGGUGACACAAGCGGAAUAAGCCUUAGGGUAUCUUAAUCCAAUCCACAAUCCACUUUGUUCCCAGUGUGUAAAGUUCACAUUUCUCAAGCGAACCAGUUGCAUGUUACCUAACAGGAUCUGACUCAAAAUGAAGUAACAUUAGGUAAAAUUUUACUUAUUUUAAAAUCCAAUUUAAGCCUCUUAUAUAUAUUGUAUUUGAUGCCUAUCUUGGUUUAUCAGCAGGUUCAGAUUUCCCCCCCAACUGCGGCCCUCUGUUAUCCCCUCUCAUUUCUUCCCUGCAUUGUUUAUUGUGUUUUGAGUGAGCAAAUUAAUUUGGUUAAAUGAAGCAUGUUAGCACAAAUAUUAACCCAUAAAAGCAGAACUAGAGCUCAGAAACAAACAUUUCAGUGUAUUUAUUGAAGGAUAUGAGACUGUUAAGGGUUAUGCUGGUUUAAGGUGGAGUUCAACCCAAUGGUUUGUCUGCAAGGACAAAUAAGCACAUGGGAGGGAGUUUUUAGUUAGUAUGAAAGCUGAUUUCUCCGGAGAGGGUAAGAAAGGUAUAACAGAAGUGCAUGUAUGUUGUUGUGUUUUUUCAGAUACUGGCCGUUUGGUGUUGAGGGAUGUAACUAUCACGGUUUUCAGGGGAUGGUAUCGAUCCUGGCAUCAAUCUGUUUCUUGGCUACUGUCGCUUGGGACAGAUAUCACCAGUACUGCACCAGUGAGUCACAAUACGUCAACAUUUUCACUAGUGUUGAGCACGAAAAGAUGAACUCAGUAUAGUCAGUCCAUUAUGACCCACCAGUACCCCUGGAAUUGAUCAUGUAAUCAAAUGAAAAACAACUUUUGAUGUAAGGUAGAAAUCUACUCUUAAAAGACACUGACUUCUUCGAUGAGACAGAGCUACUAAUCAGUAUGUAAAUAACAGCAAUAGUUCAAUGAAAAUAAGUACUAGAUUGAGUAAUAAACAGAUUGAUGGAAAGUGCAGUCAUUGUCAAAUACUUUCAUAAUUUAUUUUCAGUAAUUUUCAAGCAAAAAUAUCAAUGAGUUGAUUCAGUUUUCUUCAAUUUAAGGAUUUGCAGCCACUCAUUUUGGGCUCAAGGAAAAUUUGAUAACAUUUUAAGACAAUUUUUACAUUUUUUGAGCUAGCAUUAACGUCAGAUAUUAAUAGUAAAAGGAUCUACAGAUUUAUUGACAGUGAAAUGGUUUUGAUUUGUUGUUUUGUGGUGAUUUUAAGCUGAAAGAUGUUGCUGACAAUCCCAUAGAUAGUUGUUAACAUCCAAAUUCAGCUGCUGGACAGUAAACCUUUUCAGGUCUUCCAGUGUCUUGUUUCAGUUUAACUGUAAGGAAUAUUAAUGGUUUAGCUGAAUCUCAUGGUUCUCUUCAACAACCGUAAAAUUUUGUGAAAUUUUAUAAAUGAUACAAAAAUAAAUACCCCAAAAUAAUCAAUAACUAAAUACCUUUUGUGAUCCAGUUGACGGUUUGUUUAUGUUCACUCUGCAGGACAGAAGCUCUUCUGGAGCACGACCCUCACCAUGAGCGGCCUCAUCUGGGGCAUGGCCAUCUUCUGGGCUGCUCUUCCUCUCAUGGGAUGGGGCGUCUUUGACUUUGAGCCAAUGAGGACCUGCUGCACACUGGACUACACCAAAGGAGACAGGUACACUGGUCUUACUCUAAAGUAUAAUCGUAGCAUUUUGAUAAAUAAGAAUGAGAAUAUUUCAUUGAUCUCUUUCCAUACAGGGAUUAUAUGACGUACAUGCUAUCUCUGGUGGUGCUCUACCUGAUGUUCCCAACUUUCACCAUGUGGUCAUGUUAUGAUGCCAUCUACAGACACUUUAAGAAGAUCCAUCACUACAGGGUAACCAUGCUGCACUAUUCUCAAAGUCCUUUCCAUGGGCCCACUUAGACCAGGUCUGAAGGCAAAGAAGCGCUUUUAUAUUUUAACCUGAAGUCCACUGACCUGUUUUAGCUCUAAUGAGUACAGCAUAUAAAAAAAAUUAAGAUUUUUUUGUGAAUCCAAAAACAACACAAGAGCUUGAACAUUUAUAAUUCCUAACCGUUCUUUUAGCUGUUUCCAUCCAUUUUUUUAACUCACUGUCGUUUGUUGAAAGAAUAUUCAUCAUUUUAAAGUAAAAACAUAUUUUCACGACACAGGAAAUAAAGCAAACUAAACUCAAGACGGUGUAAAUGUCAAAUUAGAAUCCCCUUCUGAAGCGGAUUAUUUCCCUUAAUGAACAAAAGGUUGAUCACUUUAACUAGUCUUUACCCCAGUUUGAGGCAACUGGGUCUUGGUCCACAGAAAUUUUGGGGGUCUUGUAAAAAAGAUGGGGUGUCUGUGGACAACAUGUAACACACAGGAGGGGAAGAUAGUUAGAUUUCAUUAAAUAACAUGUGAACUUUUGUUUUUCAGUUCAACACCAGUUUGCCUUUGAGGGUGUUGUUCCUGUGCUGGGGUCCGUACGUCGUCAUGUGUGUCUAUGCCUGCUUUGAUAAUGCCAAACUUGUAUCUCCAAAGUUAAGGAUGGUAAGUCUUUAUUACUUCAAUUAAAUCUCAUAAAAAAUUUGUAAAAAGUUGAAGAAAAAGUUUGAUACAAGUCUUCCAAUCACUGAGUUGAUUUAAAGGGUUAUUCUGGUUUAUUAUGUCAGGGUAUAGGGUGGCUAAUUUUUGACAAUGAGUGUUUAUAAUCACUAAAAUCUGGAAAUUUAAUUAAAGAUUUAACGUAAAAGUGAGUAAAAGUAAAAAUGUUGAGUCAAAUUGAUAGAAACAUUAUCUAAACACGCUUUUCCAGCACUUUCAACCCCAGCUCAGCAUCCAAAUAAAGAAGUUUACAAUAAUCCAGCUGGAAUUUUGGCUCGUUUAAAAUCCUGUCUGAGAAUUUAACAACUCCUUCUCGACGCUAGCUCAGGAUUUUUCUUGUAAUUAAAUACAGAAAUAAACCUUGUUUAUUUUUCUCGCAGGUGCUUCCAGUCCUCGCAAAGACAAACCCCAUCUUCAACGCCCUCCUCUACACGUUUGGAAAUGAGUUCUACCGCGGCGGCGUCUGGCACUUCCUCACCGGACAAAAGAUUGUCGAUCCGGUUCUUAAGAAGUCGAAAUAAAAGGAAAAUUUAGGAUGUUCUGGUAACAUUCAGUGCCAUCAGUUUCUCUAUCAUAGGAUGGUUGUAGUCUUGGUAAUGUGUUGUUCACAUGAAUGAGCAAUGAGAUGUCAGUACACUUAUAAUAUUUUCACGUGGACAGAGGCUAAAACUCACACGACUUCUCUCGUAGCCUUACAGUGGAUUUGUGUCGCUCACAGAUUUUCACGUAUUGAAUUCUUUUUACAGCAAAUUGUUUAUACUGCUCCAUGUUAGACCUCACACAAUAAACCCAUUUUGUGCCACUUUUUCGGCUCUACACUCGACCUACUCCUCUAAGUUUUUCACCUGAAUAAGUGAGCUGGUGUAAGUAAGACGUCUAAUUUCAACCGAGGACCAACAUCUAGAGACGUCCUCUCACGACACGGCUGUCUCAAGCCUCUGCUAAGCUGAUUAAUUGAUUGUGUUUUUGUUGGGAAGACAGUCCGAGGUGAUGUAACUUCUAUCUUUAAAGAGAAAGCCGUCACUGUGCUAAGACCGUAUUACGCAAUUAUACUAGGGAUAACACCUGAGACAAACUGGUCAAGAUUCUGGGUAUCUGGUUAUUUUGAUGCUCACACAGAUAAAUAAAGAAGUAGGUAUUGUGAUCAUGUUGUAGAGAUAGUUGGUCAAAUGUCAUGGUGUUUUAGUUCAAACUUCCUCGUGGAUUCAUGAGCAGUUUUACCCUUUACACUUGGUCUUUUCUUUAUUUCAGUCACUGGGUAUCAAACCUGUAGAUCUACAUUAGAGUCAGUCUGAAGUAGCAGCGUUAAAGGGAAACGCAGUAGAUUCCCUGUGCGUAGAAAAAGCCCACGCUACUCCGAACAGGUUAAUACAAGCACUACCAGAAUUAACCCUGACUGAGACAAAGUCCUUGUCACACUAACCUACGAGGAGACCGAUGUCCCUGCCAGAGAGCGUCAGCAGGUGAAAUCCUCUCACUGUCAACAGCAGCCCACCUCGACGGAGAAGAGGGCGGAGCCACAGAGAUCAGGGCCGGUCUGAAAUAGUCCUGCUGAGCGCCAACUGUGGGUGAAAACACAAGAAAAGACAACAAACAUAAGGUGCCAUGAUAAUAUGAUAAUGGCUACAAUUAAAAUCAAACUGGAAUUACUAAACUAGGAUUCAUUUUGUCAGGUAAUAAAGAAAACAGAAUAAACCUUUAAGGUUUGAUUAAUUCAAGAUAAAUAAAAGCAAUUGUGAAUUUUGAUUACAUAUUUAUUUCCCUUUAGGAUCUGGCACCAUAUACUAUUUUGUUCAACGCAUUAAUUAUGUGUGUUUAUGAUCAAAUACUUACAAAAACAGGAAAAAAUUUUACACAAAAUAAGGAGAAAUUACCACUGAAAUUUGUGGAAAUAUGUUAAGGAAUUUUUGCUCUAACCAACUUGUGUUUGUGGAGCUACAAGUCUGGGAAAAAGGGUAGAUACACAUAACUGAGUUUUUAUUGUAGUUGACAGGCAGCUGAAGCUGUUGAACAACCUUAAGCUAAGUAUUAACCUACCCGUCUUUGACAAAAAGAAAAAGUAGGCAUGACUAACUAAAUUUAUACCUUGUGACAAUGAGUGUUUAUAAUAUUGUAACCACCUAGUUAACCACAAAAAUGUGGAAAUUAAAUUAAAGAAAAAUUUAGAAUUAAUUAAAUGUGACAAAAAGAAAAGGAAAGCAUUACUUAGUAACUUUAUAUCUUGUUGUGAUGAGUAAGACUAACUCUUGAGAUGGAGAUCAUCAACUUAAAUGUUAGAAGACAUAAAAUGACAAUGUUAAAAUAGCGCUCUUUCUUGUCUACUGUUCACUCAAAUCACAUUUUACCCCACAUGUAUACUCUGAAGCAGAGCUGGCCCAAGCCUCAAUGGGGCCCUAAGCAAAAUUUGAUUUUGGGGCCCUCUAUUUCUGCCACUAAUAUUGAUUGUUGAUCAUUUACACACCUUUAUCUCUGUGUUUUUCCCUUCUUCCUCUUUCUUUUCUCUUUUCCUGAAGAAUAUGUUCUUUUUUGCGACAUUGGUUUGCCUCACAACUACCUGCGCUUUGGAUGCUCAGUGUACAUUGCACAGCAGAAGGCACAAAACGGUAGCAGAGCUUUGACAUAUCGGCAGUAAGAAUCAUAGGCC